AUGCAUUUACCCUGCUGUCUUCUCGAAGCUCCGCUUCAUGGCCAACGGAAGGUAUCUGUCUCUCCGAAAACCUAUUACGUUGUUAUCCCGUUGUGGAUCCACACACUGAAAUCCGUUUUAAUUCGAAGUGUUCCAUGGCUACACGAAGAUGUCUACAGGGGUGUGGUAUUUGACUACCGUGGAAGGCCCUCAGAGAUUGCGUUUGUGAUAAACUACGAAGGUUUAAUCAGUCAGUUUUGGAAACAAAAUUUGCCCCCUUCAGGUUCCGAGAAACGGAAACAGAAAACUCAUUUUGAGAAGCUUAUCCUCAAACCAUAUACUGAUGCAAUUGAUGAAUCAUUGAAUUUGGUUCUCGGGAGAUACUCUGUCCUACGCGGAGGUGUCAUGAAACACUACGAAUGUGAACACAUUGCAGGGUCGCCGCAGCGAAAUGCACUGAUAACAAAGUAUACCGAAUUCACUGUAGGUCCUUUGAAACCGCCGUACACAAACAGAGACCAAAUUGUUGUGGCCUCCAUUAAGCUUCGAAAAAAACAUACACCCCCGGAAGGGGAGUUUCCUGCCAACAACAAUCGGCUGGAACCAAGAAAACAAUUGAGCAACAUUUACUCUUAA